AAGUCAAUUUAUUAUUCAUCAUGUCAAAUUAAUAUUGUCUUGACAGUAGCGUAUAUCAAUAAAGAGUGUCUUUAAAUUAGUCAUUCGAGUUUGAUCAGUUAGAGAACGUCGUUUAGCAAUUAUCACAAAAUGAAGAGACUUAGCAAUUCGCUAUGGAAGAAGAUCUUCGAGAAGUUAGACUUUCGAACAUUCGUAGGGCUAAGGAUGGUAAACCAAGAGUUUUGCAAAGAAGUGAAGAAACAUCUGUACGAAUUAGAAAUUUGGCGAUUGAUGUGCUACGAACAAACAUUGUUCGACUGCAGAACAAUGACGAUGGCUCGUAGGUUUCCAUAUGAGCUUAUAACGCACCAGAGUGAAGUUGAUAACCAAGAUCUGUGGAGAGGAACUUAUUCGUCGUUCAAAAAGUGGGCUAAAGUCAUCGAAAGUCCUCAAAAUACUCAAUUGAUGCUGUCAGUGUCUCAUUUGAGGACAAAUAUUACUUGUGUUACAACUUUUGACAAAUACUUGCUAAUUUCUUUCGAGAAUGGUGACAUGAACUGCUAUGAUUAUUCAGCAAUUGAUAAGAAUGUCCCGGUUUUCACUGUACAUCGUAAUCAUCGAAUUCUCCAAUGCGAAUUUUGGUAUUGCACCAGUAGAAGCACAAGACAUUCUGCAAAGCUGAUAAUUAUCGCGAAAGACAUAAGAAAUCAUCUAUCUUUUUGGGAUCUUAAGCAAAAGCAACGACUUUUCGCCGGUGAUUGCAAAGCCGACAGCAUAUGUACCGGUGAGGGCCGACAUUUUUGCAUUGCCCAGUAUGACGGUAUUUUAACAUCAUACGAGCUAAAUAGCGAAGAUCAAAUAGUUCCCGGUGCUGUCUACGAAUUAAACUUGAGACAGAACGAAUUAGUCGUGAAUCUCUGCAUUGAUGGAAAAUUUAUAACAGCAAUGUCAAUGAUGUUGAAGGGAGGAAGAAUUGGAACGAUAUUGUACUUUCUUGCAGCAAUUAUUAAGGACAACAAAAUAUCGCAUUUCGAACUAGAACAGGAAAAAGAUUGGCUUAUGCUCCCUGAAGAUUUGUACGAAAUGCAGCGUCUUGUUAUGCCAACAAUAACCUUCUUUUUCGGAUUAGCAGAAUCCAAGAUUGGAUCGACUAAUUUCUACGAAAAUAAGUGGCAUGAUUAUGAUAUUGAAAGCAUAUUGGGGUCCCGAGUCACUGCAGUAGCUUUACAUGCACAAAUUCUUAUAAUUGGCUUGCACAAUGGUGACAUUCAUUUUCUUCACAUUGAAAAUUAUAUGGACAUUGUUAACAUAGAAAAGAGAAUUACUAGCAGUGCAGCAACAAAUAUAUCCAGCAAGCCGAUAAUUGAUUUAAUUAUUAUAGAAUAUCAGCAAAAUCCAUCGAUUGUUGCUACAACUAAAGAUGAAGUUAUCUUGAUUAACUUUGAGUUUUAAUUAUUAUAAACUUCU